GAUUUAGUGGCCCCGUCAUGAGCGCACAGAAACUGGAAUACGAUGCCCGCAUGGGCGGGCGGAUCACAUUGCCCACGCACGUGUCCACCUACCGCUACGCGGCGGGGGCGCUGAACGAGAUCAAGGGCCUCAUCGCAGAGGCCCUGAAUCCCGUCAGCAGCAAACUGAUCUUCCAAACGCUGCCCAAGCACAUGCGGCGCCGCGCCAUGUCCCACCACCCCAAGCGGUUGCCGCGCAAGUACCGCCACGCCCACAAGAACCAGAUGUGCAAAGGCGGCAAUGACCCGGUCAUCCGAAAGCGUCCCUCGCGCAAAUACCGCCGCCGGCCCGGGAACCUGCUUAAGGAGUAUGUGCGCCGCCAGCAGCGGCACCACUGGCUGGAGACGCACAUCUGGCACGCCAAACGCUUCCACAUGGUGGACCGCUGGGGCUACCGCCUGGCCAACGCCAGCUGUGACAAGACCUACCGCGCCUGCUACCGGGCCAGCGUGCAGCACUGCCUGCUCCAGGACAUCUCCUACUACACCUGCGUCGAGCUGCAGGGAAAGCUGGAGUCGCUGCGGCAGGGAUUCGCCCGCCUGACUAGCCCCCAGUGCGGUUUGAGCGUGACGGCCAGAACCUUCCUCACGGGCCGUCGCGAGGGCACCGUGGAGCUCUUUGCCGAUGGCCAUUAUCCCCGCAGGGCUCUUCAGCGUGCCAGCUUCAUGUGGCGGCCUCUGGAGGAAGGAGCGUCAGCCGCCGAGGCCGUUCGCACCCUCUGGCUUUGGCUGCAUCCCAGUGCCGCCCAGGCGACCGUCGAGCAGCUGCUGCGUGUGUUCUCGCUGCAGUCCAGGCGGCAACAGACGCUGCCCCUACAGGAAGAGCCAGGGGAGGAGCAGAAAGAGAAGCCGCUGCGUUUCUGGACACAUACGAAGGCUUUCGAGCGUCACGAACACUACUCGCAUGGCAGCCUCCAGCUGCUGGUGCUGCGGCAGAAGUUCAACCGCUUUCGCCUGACGGGAGUCCAGGCCCAGCGGGUGCUGGCCUCCAGCCUGCGGGCGCAUCGGAAGGAUCAGCUUGAGGUGCAUUCGGCCCAGGCCGAUUACUGCGAGGCCGCCUUCCAGCUGCAUUCCCCUAGCGAGCUGCUCUCGAACCUCAUCAUGGGUCUCCACAUCGUGGAUCCCCGCCUGCAGCGUCCCAGCAAGCGCACCAAGGCGGAAUCUCGUGCUGGAGCGGCGCCAGCUGGUAGUCUCCUGCUCAGUCAGCCCGAGUGCCUGCCCCAGAGUCCGCUCUGGCAACGGGAGGAGAGGGAGCGCCUGGCCAGGGACAUAAUGUCCACCCAUGCCUAUCAGGAGCUGCGCCAGCAGCACGCUGUGGUUCCCGGAGUGCCCUGCGCCUUCGAGGAGAAAAUGCAGCCGGUUCCACUGCUGCUGAUCCAGCGUCCCGGCUCCCAGGAUCCCGAGUACAAGCGCCUGGGCUACGGCUGCGGCUGGGACGUGAUCGCGCCGGCCAAGUACGGCAUGGCCCUCUGGCUAACACUCACCAUGUGGGGCGCCAGGCCAGGUGGCCUGCGUGAGCUCGAUUCGGUGGCCAGGGAGUCUGGCGGCGAGCAGCAUCUGCCCGACACAUUGGCGGGAUUGAAGCUGGCGUCUGUUGCUGCCGAGGAGCGGCGCGCCCGCUACUUCCGCCUGCCGCCCAACAAACGCACCAACUAUAGAAAGCUGGCGGUGGCCAGUCCCUUCAGUGCGCCCUGGAAGCAUCUGGUGCGGGACUGGCGGACCACUGCUGCUGCUGCCACCAUCCGAGACGUUGGAUCUUACCACGUGCUGCGACACCGAGAGCUGCUGGAGUCGAUCGGCGAUUGUCUGCGGCAGCGCCAGCCGCUGCCCGAUCAGGUGCCCGACGACUGCCUCAUCCAGAUCCAGCUACGUCUGAAGUCGCGUGGACAUGUGAAGGACAAUGCGCUGAUAUGUCUGCCCACGGCUGUCGAUUACAAGCGACGCUGGCGUCAGAUCAGUCGGAACGAGCAGGCACCCGUCCACAUGGAGCCUCCGCAGCCCGAUCUCAACGAGCGGACGCGCAAGGAGCUUCGCAGUGACCACAAAAUCAAGCUAAAGCGCCUGCGGGCUCGCCGGGUGCGCGAGAAGCGGCGCCUCCAGGAGACAGCCACUAGGCGCGUCCACAUCCGUCCAGCCAACACGGCGGCUCUGGUCCGGGCCCACCUACUGGAAAUGUGCCGCCUCUGGCUGCCCACAGACCCCGCCGAGACGCGCGAUAGCGUGCGCCGUCAGUGCAGUCGCGAGGUCUUCGGCUACGUGACCACAGCCGGCUUUAGCUUCACGGAGGCGACCGUCUGUGCCGUCGGCUAUGUGACUCCCGGCGGCCUGCAGCAGUUGCUGAGCAGCCUGAAGGACUCGAAGGGACGCCAAAUGCAGCCGAUGUGCCUGGUGCGCAACCCCGACAGCCGCGACUAUCGCUGGGCCGCCCUCCAAGUGAAUCUGAAUGUAUCCGUCCAGACCUUUUGAAUCCGAGAAUCAGCUCACAGCCAAUGUAAAUAUUUAUAGUUCCUAGCAUACGUAUAUGUAUAUCCGAGAAAUACCAAAUAGAUGAUGAGUCUAGCAGAUGAUUGACCCGAUUCCUGGCUGCCUUAUUAGACACGAUGUGAAAGACUCUGUUAAAAUUGAAUCGAUGGUACAAUUGUUAAGAAUUCGG